UGCGGAGGCGUCCUGAAAGCCUCCAGCCACCUCAGCCUCCAGCCUGUUAGUGGCCGAAUGGGGGCUGACGACGACCAUGGAUCCGUACCGUAGCGACUGCAGCAAGGCUGCUCAGGCUGCGGAGGCGACUGCCGGCAGCCUGGACAAAGACAAGGAGCAGCAUAGCAGCCGACAGUGUCCACCCGUACCGAAAACCCUCCUCCCAGAGGAGGUCAGAGCAUCCAACUUCUUGGAUCUGCCUGGGGUCAAGCUGCCUAACAUUCGUGGAAGUCAGAAUGUAUUCUAUACUACAGAAAUACGUGAAAAGAGAAUGAUUGAAAAAGAGGUGCAUAAGUUUUAUGAUAACAAGAGUGCUCAUACGAGCUGUGAGGCUGCUCUGUACCAAGAAUGGCUACUGCAAGAAGAUACACAAACCACCCCAAGACAGGAGCGGCUAAAAAAAUACAGGUAUGGAGAUCUGCUUCAUGGGGAAUUCUACAAAUCCCAGCACGUGACAGAAAAGCGAAAUGCAGUCCGUAUGAAAGAACAGGAAAGACAACAUCGGAACUACAUACGAAGAAAACUUGACCUCUGUAAACAAAUUGAAGAUAAAUGGAAAGAAAAAGAAAUGUUACUUCUGACAAAGAUUGGAGAAGAAAUAAGACGAGAAGAAAAAAUUGAAGAACAGCGUCGGAAAACCAGAGAAGAAAUUGAUCAGAAGAAAAGAGCAUUUUUGGAGAAAAAAAUUGCCCGCCAUUUAGAACACAUGAAAAGACAUGCCAUUAAGAGGGCAGGACAAGAAAAUACCUUUUCAAGCAAAGGACAAGAUGAAGCAGAAGCUUGCCCAAAGUUGAAGAAAAUAACUGAUGCUACCAUUGGCCAGAAAUCACGACAAGGACCCCAAGAACAAAAACGAACAAUUCACUAUCAUGAUUGUACUAACAAAGUUUCUGCUAAAAAACCAACAAUUUCAUUUUCUGAGAAGGAAGUACAAAGUAGCGCAACACAAGAAAAGGUACCACCUGUAAAGGAGAUCCAGAAAGAGGCCAAUUUACCUUCGAAAUCAGUGCUCAAGAAACAGAACACACAGAAAAAUAAAGAAAUGACAAGCAAAUCACAUCCUGUAAAUGUCAAAGAAUUGAAAAGAGCUUCGAGUCACACAGCUGAUUGUACAAAAGUGGCAAAUGUCUCAAGACAAUCUAAACAACAUAUUCAAAAAGGAGAGGCAAGUAAUACUUCUGUUGUACCAGAUACAGGCGACAAAAAUGAAAUAGAAACUAUGAUCAAUAUUGGUACAAACCAAUUCUAUCCAUUGUUCCCAGAAGUGAACUUUUAA